GGAGGACGUCCCGCCGUCGCUCUCGCUGCCUCCGGACUCGGAGCGGCCGCCGGCGAUGUACCAGACCUUGGCCAUUUCGGCCUCGCAGGGCCCCGCGCCCUACGACGGAUCUCCGGGCGGCUUCAUGCACUCCGCGCCCAGCUCGCCCGUCUACGUGCCCACCACCCGCGUGGGCUCCGUGCUGCCCACGCUGCCCUACCUGCAGGGCGGCGGAGCGGCCCAGCCCGGCCACGCUCCGGCCGGCCACGUCUGGUCGCAGCCGGCGGCCGAGAGCCCCUCGUACGGCGCCGCGGGCGGCGCGCACCCCUCGGGCCGCUUCCCCUACUCGCCCAGCCCGCCCGUGGCCAACGGCGCCUCGCGGGAGCAGUACGGCGGCGGCCUGGCGGCGAGGGAGCAGUACGGAGCGCUGCCGCGGCCGCUCAACGGCUCCUACCCGGCGCCCUACGCCUCCUACGUGGGGCCGCAGCUCGGCCCCGCCUGGCCCGCGGCGCCCUUCGAGAACUCCGUGCUGCACUGCCUGCAGGGCCGCGCCGCGCCCAUCCCCGUGCGGGCUCCCAGCGCAGAGCUGCUGGAAGACCUCUCUGAAAGCCGCGAGUGCGUCAACUGCGGCUCCAUCCAGACCCCGCUUUGGAGGAGGGAUGGCACCGGGAAUUACCUGUGCAACGCCUGCGGGCUCUACACCAAAAUGAAUGGCCUCAGCCGGCCUCUCAUCAAACCCCAAAAGAGAGUGCCCUCAUCGCGGCGACUCGGCCUGUCCUGUGCCAACUGCCACACUACCACCACCACCCUCUGGCGCCGGAACGCCGAGGGCGAGCCCGUCUGCAACGCAUGCGGCCUCUACAUGAAGCUUCACGGGGUUCCCCGACCGCUUGCUAUGAAGAAAGAAGGAAUUCAGACAAGGAAACGAAAACCUAAGAACAUAAAUAAGUCAAAGGCAUGCUCUGGUAACAGUACUACUGCAGUUCCUAUGACUCCAACAUCCACGUCUUCUACUAACUCAGAUGACUGUAGCAAAAAUGCCUCCCCAAGCACACAGCCGGCAGCCUCGGGGGCAAGCUCGUCAGUGAUGUCCGGCCCGGGAGAGAGCACCAGUCCCGAAAGCAGCAACCUUAAGUAUUCAGGUCAAGAUGGGCUGUACACAGGAGUCAGCCUGACCUCCACGGCUGAGGUGACGGCGUCUGUCAGACAGGAUCAUUGGUGUGCCCUGGCUCUGGCAUGACCCGCUGCCAGCCAAACUGGAUCCCGGCACAGAGCAGCAGCCCCCAGAUGUCGUGCGGGGUUUCUUCUGCGGAGCGGUGGCAGCGAGAGUGCUGGCUAGGGACGCUCCUCUGAAAUUGUUUCCGUGCCUUGGUGGCAGAGGUGGCUUUCAGUUCCCCUAAGAGGCUCUGCCGAAGCAUCCUCAUCCUCAUCUAUGCAAGAAAACUGUAGGGAAAGCAAGUGCCCACUGGGGAAUAGCUAAUGCAGCCAUACACACUCAAAAAAAA